AUGUACAGUAUAAAUAACACUCAUCUUAAUGAUCUUAAUACUACUGAUAAUAAUAGUACAACAGAUGUAAUCAGUAGUAGUGGUAAUUUAUUAUCUGAAUUCUAUUAUGAUGGGAAAUUUAUUAAUCAUCUACCAUCCAAGGAAUAUACAUCGUCAGCGUCAUGUUCUUCUACAUCAACUUCCUCAUUGACCAUAAUCCCAUCGACUACAGUGACAUGUUAUGGCGGAAUCACAUCAUCGUCAUCUUCAUCAUCAUCAUCAUCAUCAUCGGCAACAUCACCAUUAUGCCAUAAUAAUAAUACAACAGUCAGUAAUACAUCGGAUUAUGUUUCGUACAUUACUAGUCAUCUUCAUCAACCACAUGAUGAAUAUUUAAAUUAUCAUGAUGAAACUCAUCGAUAUUAUAUGAAUAAUAGUACUACUAAUAGUAAUAGUAAUAAUCUUAAUGAACAUGAAAAUUACUAUCAUCAACAAUAUGUACCAAUUAUUUCAACUGUACAUACUACUACUACUACUACUACUAAUGAUGACAAGGAUAAAAGUAGUAUUAGUACUACUAGUAGUACUAGUACAAGUUGUCCUCCACAUUCUACAACUACUAUUCAUCCUAAUAAUUAUUUCAAUGAAUUACAAAUUAUUUGUAUAUGUGAAACAUUACAACAACGUGGUGAUAUACAGCGUUUAGAAUUAUUUCUACAAACAUUACUCAAUAAUUAUUCACAUCAAACUAUACACUAUUUAGAAUGUAUUCAAGUAUCGCUAGCUUUGAUAGCUUAUUAUCAUGAAAAUUAUACUGAAUUGUAUCAAAUUAUAGAGAAUUAUAAUUUUUCCACAAAAUAUCAUAAUAAAUUACAAAAUCUUUGGUUACAUGCACAUUACGCGGAAGAGGAGAAAUUAAAAGGACGAAAACUUGGGGCUGUAGCAAAAUAUCGUAUUCGACGUAAAUACCCACUGCCCUACACAAUAUGGGAUGGUGAAGAGACAAGUUAUUGUUUUAAAGAGAAAUCUAGAAAUUUACUACGUGAAUGGUAUUAUCAAAAUCCUUAUCCAUCACCAAGAGAUAAGCGGAAAUUAGCUGAAAUCACUGGAUUAACUAUUACACAAGUAUCGAAUUGGUUUAAAAAUCGUCGACAACGUGAUCGUGCUACUGAUGUGUUAAUAAGUAGUACUAAUAGUACUAGUAGUACUAGUAGUACCACGAUGACAACGACAACAGCUGUAAUAAACACCCCAUCGUUGAUGACAAUCACAUCAACCACAAACACAAACGCAACAGUUAAAACACCAGUUUUAUCUCCUCCAUUAACUAUAUCAUCGACAACGUUGGAUAAUAAUACAACAAUGACAUUAUUGCCGACAUUGGUGACAGUGUCAACGAAUUUAUCCGGUUAUUCAUUGAACACAUUGAAUAUGAAUAACAAGCAUUCAUUAGAAAUGAUUGAACAAAAUGUGGAAAAUAAUCAGAAAAUCAAUAAGUAA